ACAGAGAGGAGCGACAGCAGCAGCCGAUCUGUCAGCUGCAUAUUUGAGGUGUUGCGCGCUAGAGAGCAGCUGCAGCAGUGAUUAUGUCCGAAUAUAAUGGAGAAAAAUGGGGAAUUGCCGAUUUGAGAUUACGUUCUACACCUACACAGACGUGGACUGGACGUAAAUUUGCCACAGCCUUUUAAUCCCACUUCAGAGUUCGGAAUUUUCUGGAUACAACGCACUGAACUUGCAGGAAUCCUUGUCAUCCCGGACUGAAGAAAGACAAGGGGGCCUGAAAUUACACGGACCGCGGUGGAAGUUGGGCUACGGGCAGCGCUAGCUAUGUUAGCAUUUAUUCACUGAGUGUUAUUUAAUUGGCAGGGACGUUAUUUCGCAACGUACCACUGCGCUGGAUAUGACAGCGUGUCGCGUGGUACAACAUUACCAGUGACGCCAUCUUUAUAUAGCUUUUGUUUUAGCGCAACGCCUGUGUGGAUACGUUAUUGUUAGCAGCGGUGAUAAUAGCCGAGCUAGCUAGCGAGCAGUAGCAGCACUAGCUUGUUGUUUGACUGCGAAGCUUUUUCAUAAAGUGUAAUAAAUUGACCAAGUCUCUUCGAGUCUGGACCUUUGUUUGCACUAGAAAACAUAUCUGCAGGGAUCUGGGAACUGACUCUGAGCCUUUUUAAGCUAGUGUUAUUGACGGUAACCACGUUUUCCUUGUCUGCAUAGACUUUUGUCAACAAGACAUCUAGUCAUCCCGUCUUAACACUGCUUAAGUACCAUAUUGAUUAUCAGUUUUUUAAUUUUUCUUACGUUAUAUAUUUCUUAGCUGUAAGUCAUUACAUAGAAACGAAUUUCCAUUUGUUUACAUUUGUUAAAAGACUUUAUCCCAGUAAACUCCACCUGUCAAGACAUUUUCUUUCUUAACUUCAGCAACAAGUAUGUUUUGCUUCCCAGCAUCUACUUUUGGCACCCACUUUGUUUUACUAGGGGAAUUCUGUAAGACUUUGUUGUUGUCCUCUUUUUUGGUCUGAAAAGAUUUUUUUAUAAAGAAAGGACUUUUUAUGCUGUCGGAUAUCAACUGAAAAGGAUAAGACGGUCGGUUAUCCAUCCUUGUGGCAACAGGGAAGUUUUCAGUCCCUCGCUUUUUCAGAUGUAAGACAUCAUGGGCAGCCAGGGCAGCCCAGUGAAAAGCUAUGACUACCUGCUGAAGUUCCUUCUGGUCGGUGACAGUGACGUUGGUAAAGGAGAGAUCCUGGACAGCCUGCAGGAUGGCUCAGCUGAGUCUCCAUAUGCCUACAGCAGCGGCAUUGACUAUAAAACCACCACCAUUCUUCUAGACGGGAGGAGAGUGAAGCUGGAGCUUUGGGACACCUCAGGACAGGGGAGGUUCUGCACUAUCUUUCGUUCUUACUCCCGAGGGGCUCAGGGCAUCCUACUGGUGUAUGACAUCACCAACCGGUGGUCGUUUGAUGGCAUUGACAGGUGGAUCAGAGAAAUUGAUGAGCAUGCACCGGGUGUACCUCGGAUCCUCGUAGGUAAUCGGCUACAUUUGGCCUUCAAACGUCAGGUUCCCACUGAGCAAGCGAGGGCGUACGCUGAGAAGAACGGUAUGACUUUUUUUGAGGUGAGCCCACUCUGCAACUUCAACGUCAUUGAGUCCUUCACGGAGCUGUCGCGCAUCGUCUUAAUGAGGCACGGCAUGGAAAAGUUCUGGAGACCCAACAGAGUCUUCAGCCUCCAGGACCUCUGCUGCAGAGCCAUUGUGUCAUGCACGCCAGUCCACCUCAUCGACAAGCUGCCUUUGCCUGUCGCCAUCAAGUCCCACCUCAAAUCUUUCUCCAUGGCCAAUGGCAUGAACGCUGUCAUGAUGCACGGACGCUCCUACUCGCUGGCUAACCCAGCCGGCAGCUCUAAAGGCAACAGCCUGAAGCGCUCCAAGUCCAUCCGUCCACCACAGAGCCCCCCGCAGAACUGCACCCGCAACAACUGUAAAAUCUCCUAAUUGACACCGUUGGUGGAGGUGAUGGCAGGGGACCAGGAGAUGAAUGUAAAGGAUGUCGUUCAUUGGAGGAUAAUUUGCUUAUCCCUAAACCUGAAAAGCUAAAAAGCUGUAAUGAUGGAUAAAGGGAGAAAAAGGGUGUCACCUCCCAUCUUCACACGAGAAUCAGUGUGAAGUACUUUCCAGUUGGGGAGGUGGGGGGUUAAAUGGUGCCUCAGGAUAUCAGAACAACUGCAAAUCUUUUGCCCUGUACAGACCUGAUUAUCACUACAUCCAACACCUAAAGGAGAAAAAGGACUCUAGAUUACUCCCACCUGCUGGAGUGCUUACUACAUGUACAGAAAUCCCUCACCAACUUAUAUUUAGCCACUCUACAUGAUGCAAGCCACCUGUUGUGUCUGUGCAUCCCAGAUAUCACCUCAGUUCUUUGCCUUUAUGUUGCACAUUUCAUUCUUUGUUUCCUCUGUCAGGGUACAAUUUCACUUUAUCUUUCCACAUCUUCAUUUAUUUGGGAUCUUAUUAACCAAUAAGCUAUAUAUGAAAACACUAGUAAGCAGCCAGCUGUCUGUCCUUCUUGAUCAUUGCUUGUCGCCCGGCUGGCUCCAACAGUUGUUUUGCUUGUGUGAAUUCUUGGUGGUUAGAUGAGCGAAGGUUCCCACGUAGUGUUGAAAGUGAAAUGUGUCCUUUUUAAAAACUAGAUGAUGCAAGCUUAGUGUAUCUUGAAUUGAGUUAUUUAGUCACUUAACAUGCCAGAGGUUUUUCAACUAUUAACAAAACUAACCUUUAAUUAAGCCUCCAGAAACACCCAACAAAAUGCUACUUGAAGAAUCUUGUGUGCAGGGAGGUGUAGAUGACUUUUACUAUCACUAUUUACUGUUGGGUUUUUUUUCUUCUUUUAACUCAGUUUUUAGAUUCACUUUUAUAUAAUAUCAGACUUUACACCUCACCUUUCACAUUCUGCAGAAGCAUACCUCAACAUUUCUUAAGUCGCUCUGCUCCUCUAGUGAUACCAUGUUGGUCUGUGUGGUGUUCAAUUAUUUCAACAGGCAACAAGUUGAUUAACAAAGUGUCAGUCAACAAAAACAAUUUGAAUCAAUUUAUUGUUUAAUUAAAGUAUUAUUUAUAUAAUAAUUUUUUAAGAACAGAACAUUCUAUUUACUAUGGAAACUUUAUUGACAAUUAUAAACUAAGUUUAUCCUAAAAAUAUCACAUGAAAAACAAGCAAAUACACUGAAACUUGAUUGAUCACAUUCAUAUUAUACUUUAUUUUGCCACAUUCCAUAUUAAAUUGGUUAAUAUUGGAGCCAGAUUUUUAGGUGGAAUAUUGCCAUUUUUAUCUUUUUAUAGUCAAAAUAACCAAACAAAAUAUGACACCCGUUAGGUGUCCCUGUUUUCUGUGCUGAGGAGUACCCCAACACAACCUCCAUCCCUAGAAGCACUAAUGUGUUUUCCAUUCAGUUAUUUCAGUGUUGACAUGGGGGAGCAUGAACCCCUGAGGGAAAGGAAGCAGAGAAAUGUGAAGCUGUCUGAAAAGUGCCGCUUCAGGUGUCCUCGGAUGAUGAGUGUGAAAACCAGUCUGAUGAACUGGAGUCGCUCAUAUUUUGUACAAACAAUCAUAUCCAAGUGAACUGUAAUAGUUGAUAGUUGACACAGUGCUGGGCGUGUGUCACUAUUUACCAUCAUGAGCUAUACAUCAACAUCCCUUGCUUUUCUGUGAGACCAGUUAUGCCUAUCCCACAGUAUUAACUAAAAAGAUGUCACUGGUUCCCUGCUUUCAUCUUGAGUCAGGACAUUGAAUAUACAUCAACCAUCUGCAGCUUAAUUAGUAUUUAAUUGAUCGUUGCUUGGAGCUUUACUGCUUUUACUGCCACUGACACAGAUUUUAACUCUUAUUGCUGUUGUGUUUACAUAGGUCACCCAAAACUGACGUUUGUCUUAGAUUGCUGUCAGAGACGAGUCAUUUGUUGUUGGCGUAUUGUAAAUAUUACAGGAACAUGGGGGGGAAAGACACUGCGUUUAGAGUAAAGGGUUAAAUGAAGCAGUGCUCCAACUGCUUGGCCGUUUCCUACUCAUGUUUUCACAGUUUGCAGCCUCUUGUAUCCAGACAGCAGUUAGCUGUAAAUGGUGUUCCCCACAUGGAAAACAGCUGUUGUAUUUCCUCCUGUCAUGGCUCACGAGAAAGGAUGAUCCGACUGAAGUUGAAUCCGUGUUGUCCUGACACGAGUUUGAGCAUGUGAACUCAUCCAAGCCGCUGCUUUUCAACCAUCAAGCUGCUCUUACCAGAUCUCCCACAGGAAUAAAUGCAGCAUGUCCUCCCCUCACUCCCUCUGAUCUGCACCACCGCCUCCGCAUGCUGUCCCAUGAUUCAUAGCUGCUGAAUAAUAGAUGCUCUCUUCACAUAUCUCUGGAGGGCUCCAUCAGUACGCCUGGCUCCAUCUCUCCUUGCUGCUCUUUUAUCUUCCACGUAGGAAGCGUUGCUAGCUAGUAGUCCUCCUCAGCAUCAGCCUCGUUUCUGUUUUGUCUCAUUUUCCAACUUGAUAAUGUAACUUGUAAUUUGAAUAGCAGCUGUUUUUUUUCUGAUUGCUUCUGUUUAUUGGGAAUACCUUCAUAAAUCCAGUUCAGUCCUUUCAGACCAGUGUUGAUGUUUGUCUAGGGUCGUUAGUGUUGGUGGACUCUACAUCUGUCUCUCUGUGCCUUAGCUCUGUUGUGUUUGACUUCAGUUAAAGAUGUCUUGACUCAAGCAGUAAAUCCUCCUUACUUUAGGGGGGAUUACCACUGAUCCAGAGUCAGGUUACUUCAGCAUUACUUUGCUAUUUGCCCUUUUUUAACUGCAUGGCCACACAGAAAUUGUAUCAAACCAAGAAAAUCAUGGUGAGAUAUUCUUCAAAUUUGUUAUUUAAACAGUGACUGCCUGAAAAGUGAAGCAUCGUGCAGGAUGGGAUGGCACCACAUGCUUUCAAAAAUGGUCAGAUUGGUCCUGUAAAGACGCUAAUUAUCCAUGAUUGUACCAUUGUUUUGGGAUGGACAUAUCAAGAGCUAACACACACACACAUCGAAGCGUUUUUUGUGUUUGUUUGUUUUCCAAUUUCCACCAUAGUUUUAAGGAAAAAGCAAUUCUGUUAAAUUGGUCAAAAAGGAAUUCAACUCAUGCUUGUUGCCAAGAUUUUAAAGGGUUCCCGCUCAGGGGUGAUCAGGAAAUGCACAGGCUUUCAUUUUUAUUGUUGCUGACUCACAAAGCAUAUUAAUCCUUGCUGGGUGUAAUAAUAUUGUUUUGUGUAUUAUGGCACACAAUAUUUAGCCACUUUGUGGUAUGUGAUAACAAAUGUUCCUCGUGUUGUUGUUCUACCUAUAUUUUUACCAUGACCUUCCUCAGUGUUUAUUUACACUUAGCUAAAGUGUGUAUUUCCUUAACUGACUUUCCAUUUUAGAUUUCCAUGGACUUUCCUAAAAAGACUGGAGUCGUGUGCAGGGUGGGACAUUGGCUUCAGGACCGUUCAGGGAUGUCCCAUGAAAUCUCCUGUUCUGGAAGUUUUUGUGUAAAGGAGCAGACUGUUAAUGCUGACAACUUUGACAAAAAUGCACCUAUGGAACACUAUUCCUUUUUGGCUAAAGCUGCUGAGCAAUCUGAAGCGAGUGUGCAUGCGAGUGUGAGAGUGAGAGAGAAUGUUCUUCCAGCACCAAGCUGAACAUUUUGUCCUUUUUUAAAUUAUUGAUUGUACAGUUUUAAGGCGAGUGUAUGAAGAGAACAAGUUUUUCACAAUAAAAUUAUUGAAUGUUCAAGGUGAAAAGUC